CUCGUACGAACGAGUACCGUAUAGGAAAGAAGACGCAAUUAGACAAUAUUGCCUAAUCGAAGAAGUAAAGGAUACAACUAUCUCAACUACUACACAAACGAGCAAAUAUUUUAAAAGAAAAAAACAAUAAAAUUUAGAGACACGACAAAAAAGAAAAGAAAAGUCAUCUUUAAAAUUUCACAACGCAGACAACAUCGAAAACCUAAACGAAAACUUAUUCAUAAAAAACGCAAAAAGAAAAAUUUAACAUUUAAUAACGAAAAAAUUAAGAAAAAAUGUUGCAACUCAAAUAAAAUAUAUUCCAGAUUGUUCACAUAGAUUGGAAAAUAUUUGUGAAAUAAUGCGACUACUACUAAAUGCGUGUGUGUGAAAAAUCUCCUAAAUGUAUCAUAAACGAUUACAUAAAAAAUUCAAUAAAAAAAAUCUAUUGCAUUACGUGCGACAUAUUAUUUCAACUAUUAAACGAAAUUAACGAAAAUAAAUCAAUUUUAAACCACAGUUUUACAAUACAUUUUUAAGUUAUUACAAGCUAUCGAUUGGAAAAACAAAGUCUAUACGAAAAAACGGCAAAAUGUCUCAGGAUAAUAGAAUAACCAGUGUUGGUGUGUUUUUUAUAACAACAUUCUUAAUUUUAAACAUUAAUACCCUGCAGUAUGGAUCAUUUGUAAAGGCUACAUCACUGGCUACAGUUGUUACACCAACAGAUACAAGUGUCUCUACAAGUCCGUCUCUAAAUGUCUCUACUGUUAACUCAAUGACCACGGAUGCCCCAGCUACUGCACAAUCUCUACAAGUGGGACAGGAAGCUGCAGUAGUAGAAACAAGCACAGUAGAGCCAACACCACCACCCUCGACCACUUCAAUGCAUGAGCUACUGGGUUCAGCUGGGCCCGAUAAAAGGGAACAAGAGGCCAUUUUAAAGGCUUUAGAUUGGUUGAAAAUGAAAAGGGCCCCCGAUUAUGGUUGGGGCAAUGAUACUCAUGUGGUUAUAUUGGCUAAAGAGCUGUCGGGUGCCCGAGAUCCCUACGAUGCCGAUGGUCAUUUGCAAGUUAUUCAGGAAUUGGAAGACAUGUUGUCGGUUAAAGAAAUGGAAAUAGAAAUUUUAGCCAUGUUGGACAGGCAUCAUACUUUACCUAAGCCUUUGAAUUUGGAAAAAUUGGCUCGUUAUGUUUUGGCCUUGGGCUCUCUGUGUAAAGAUCCCAAACAUUUCCAUGGUCAUGAUUUGGUAGCCACACUGCAGCAUCAUGAACCCACACAAGAUAUAGAAUUUGCUUUGACCACCCUGUCGGCCUGUAGUUCGGCGGCUCAUGUAAGAAAACGACAAAUUCGAAGGCUAUUGGAUAUAGCCAGUGGGGUAACCGAUCAGAGUGUGGAUACAAUUGCCAUGGUUAUUUUGGCUUUACGUUGCAUUGUUACCGAUCAUCGCCACAGACAUCUGCAGCAUUUUGUGCGACGACCAGCUAGAGGUCUAGCCAGUUUACAGGAUCCUCGCGGUAAUUUCGGUUCUUUGCGCAGUACUGCUUUAGCUAUGCAGGCAUUACAGGAUCUGGAACAUGAUCCAGCUGGUUCUUGGAAUAGAACGGCAGCUUCACGUUGGAUUUUAAGCCGCCAACGUGAGGAUGGUGGCUGGAGUGAGGAGCCUUUGCAAGACGGUCAAGAUCCUGAUAUCGGGGUGGGCCUAACAGCCGAUAUUAUUUUAGCUUUGGGUUGGAAGGGCCUAGGAGCCGUUAGGGCUUUACAAUGUGAUCAUGUUAUACGGGAGAAUAGUGAUCCAUCUUCGGAGAACGGUGAACAAAAGUUAGCUGUUCCUUAUGGUUUAACUACAUCAGCCGAAGAAUCUGAUUCAAGAAAUGUUUCUUACACUUAUACCCUAUGGGUAGGCUCAAACGUAACCGAAGCUAUUUCUCUUUCUUUAGUAUCACCGAAAAAUACUACUUUCUUUAAAGCCAUGACCCAGGCGGCCGAAAUGGAUUCAAGGUUUGCUUUUGAAGCUCGAGAAUGGCCAAAUGGCCAUUAUGUGCACACUUUGGCUGGCAAAAAGGAAGAACCCAGAGGGUAUAAUUAUUGGUUACUCUAUCGCUUGCCCGAACUUCCUGAUCCCAAUAAUGCUCCCGGAAAUCAACUUAUAGCACCAGUUGGCGUGGAUGAGCUAAUGGUGGAAGAUGGUGAACAUUAUUUGUAUUGGUACAAAAAACUUUAAGUCUCACAACAGCCAUAAUUAAAGCAUUUGAAAGCAUUCCGUCAACUCCUCAUUCAUCUAAUUUGCAAACGUGGGUUAUAAAAAAUUGUUUUUUUAACUUUAAAAUAUUUAAAUAAUAACGACAUAUGAUUAAGAAAUAUGCUGGUGUUAUAGAAUUUUUCAAAAGUCAAAAAUAAUUUUUUUUAAUUUUCGAUCAUUUUGGUAACUUUAUAGAAUAUAAAUGUGAUGCACACAAAAAGAAUUCGCUUUAAAAUUUAACAAAAUAACCAAAGAAAAAAGCAAAGAAAUUAAGAAGAAAACAAAAACAAAUAAAGUUAAAAUUAAUUUUCAAAUAAAAAAAGCAUCGAACUAAUGCCAAGGAAAUGCCAAUUGACAUUUGAAAUUUGAACUUUGAACUAAGGAGUUUUCAGACAACUUAAAUAACAAAAACAAUAUUCAGAAACAUGCAAUACACAACAAAACAGACACUUUUCAAUAAAGAGCAGAUAGACAGACAGACAUACACUUUCAAAUACAUUAAAGUAAAACCAACAGACAGACAGACAUUCAAGACACCGUUCGUAACAAUAAGUGAUUAUAAAUCAUACAACACUAUUUAAGCAUUAAUAUUUACAUACAUCAUACAAUUCAUACUCAUAUUCAUUAAUUUAUAAUAAUAUUAUAAUAAAAGAAAAAAACAAAAAGAGAAAUUGACAAAAACAUAUUAUAAUUAAACUAAAGAGAAGGUAAAGAAAACACAAAAACCAUGUAGAUAAUAUUUUGUGCAUCUAAAUCGAAUAUAAUUUUGAUAUUGUACGAGCAAACAUACUACACAACAGUAUGUGAUAUUUGAAACAAACAAACAAACAAACAAAAAAAAUUAUUAAAAAAAAAACAAUAUUAAUUAUUAUUAAUAAUAAUUAUAAUACUAAAGAAGAAAAAGAGCUAAAAAAAGUUUGUUAAGUAAAACCUUAAAGAUCUAUAAAACUUACAAAAAAAAAACGAAAAUGAAAAACAAAAACUAUAAACUUUAACUUUAAUAACUUUCAAUAUUCUAUUCUAUUAUAUUGUAUACUGUGCUAUUAUGUUUCUUAUUUACUUUUCUAAGUUUUUUGGUUAAAUUUUACUUUAAUCUAUUUAAUGCAGAGACGAUAUACAAAAUAAUACAUAUAAAAUACUUAAUUAUUUACUAAACUUAGAAAGCCAAACAAAUUUUGUUUAACACUUUUGCAAAUAAAAAAAUAAAAGCAGACAGUUAUUAAAAGUAUUGUAUGUAUUUAAAUCUAAAUCUAUUGGAAAUUUAAAGAAUAAAAGAGAUUUCAAUCAAGACUUUGUAUAUCAAAAUUGUAAUAAAUAAUUCCAAAGGAAAUAUUCUGCAUUAUGUUACAUCUACUCCUAUUGCAUACUCUACUAAAACCUGCUCCAAACCACCAACUUUUAUAAAAUCACAAAAUAUUUUAUUAUUUUUUUCUAAAAAUUUCUUUUUGUAGUUGCUAUUUUAUGUAUAUAUCGUCUCUUGUAAUAAUUCAUAUUCACAUACUGUAGCUAUUAAUCGCUAAAUAUAUAAUAAUCGUGCUAUACACUGAGAAAAAAUAAAAAAAAAAUAAAUGGUGUUUUUUCAUAUAUAUCUAUAAAGAUAA